AUGAGUCUGGUGAAAGUUUCUCCAGCUGAUCUAUCAAUCAUCUCUGGCGGCGAUGAUGUCUACUACAAAGUCGUUCACGAUCCAAAUUUCCCAUUCCUUCUCCUCGAACCAGGGCAAUUGUCGAAACUUCAGUCGGAUUUCCCAAGUUUCGAUCAACGAACAGUGAUCAACUAUUUGUACUAUCGUUUGGUUGAUGCUUAUUCAUCCUUUUUGACUCCGGAUUCAUCAUCGAUCCGAUCGGCAUUCGAGGAGGCCUGGGAGCAGCCUUACAUCUACAAACCGACACUCGGACGCCCACGACAUCUUCGACCAGAAGAAAGGAAAUUCAGACGUCAACAUUGGACUGAUGAUCAAAUGUUGGACAUCAAUUGCGCUCAAGAGACCGUCUUUAUGCUACCUUACGCAAACGCCCGUGCUUUUGUGGAUGCGGUUUUGCCGACACAAAGCGAUCGUGACUCUCUUCGAUACAAUGUUCGACAAUUGGCUGAAUCGAUUCUCGUCGGUUUCCGUUCGAUGAUCGAUCAACUCUCGUGGAUGUCCCGAUCAACAAAACAGGGAGCUUUCGCGAAGAUCGAGAACCUCGUCAAGAACAUCGCUUUCCCCGAUUGGGUGGCCGAUGAUCAAAAGUUGACAAGCUAUCACAAGACGCUGAUGAUCACUCAAAAUGACGACUAUGUGACCAUGUUCAAAAAAUCGAAUGCUUUCAAUCUACAGAUGCAAUUCUUGUAUCUCCUUCGAUCAACGGGAUCUGAUCGAAUUGAUUUCAAUGGACCCCCGGGAACAACGAAUGCUUGGUAUCAGCCGGAGCUCAACAGUAUCACUUUCCCGUUGGCCAUUCUCCGUCAACCAUUCUACGAUCCAAACUGGCCGGCUGCGAUGAACUUCGGAGCGAUGGGAGUGAUUGCUGGGCACGAGUUGACUCACGGUUUCGAUGAUGAGGGAGUACAAUGGGAUGGAACGGGAGCGUUGAAUGGAUGGAUGGACACCAUGUCCAGCUAUAGCUUCAAUGAGAUGGCUGACUGCGUUGUGCAAGAGUAUUCCGGUUUCUGUCCACUCCCCGCAAAUUACUCAGCUGCCGCCUGUAUUGAUGGAGCUCAAACGCAAGGAGAAAACAUCGCUGAUAAUGGAGGAAUCCAUUCGGCUUUCCGUGCUUACAAAGCAUUCGCGAACUUGAACGGCCCCGACCCGCUUCUCCCCGACGACGAGCUAUCGCAACUCACCGCCGAACAACUCUUCUUCAUCGCUUUUGCUCAGGAUUGGUGUCAAUUGCCCCCAAGUCCCGACCGUGAGAUGAGGCAAUUGUUGGUGGAUGUGCACUCUCCAUCACUUUAUCGAGUUUUCGGAACCAUUCAGAACUUCCCCGCUUUCAAGACCGCUUACAACUGCCCGUACAACUCGAAAUACGCUCCCGAAAAGCACUGCAAUGUUUGGGUGAGCGAACCGAAACAAACGACCGGCAUUCCGCAGAUCAAAAACGACGUGAACGUGGCUCCCGCGCUGCCAAUCGCUCCACGAAAUCUCUCCGUUUAUUCAGCGUAUCAGCAAGCUGUCGAUUUCUUCCAAGCUUCCGUCGAUUUCACCCAAGAUCCGUGCAACGAUUUUUACAAGUACUCCUGUGGAAACUAUAAGCAAGUGGUGAGCUUCCAUUUGGCUGACGAGAAGAACAAAGCGGCGAUGGCCGCGAAAUUACUCGACCCAGCCUAUGCGCCGACGAUCCAGAGCUCAGCCGCCUUGCAAAAGACCCAGCAAUUCUUCCAAUCUUGCCAAAAAGCUGUGCCGACAAUGGCUAAUGAUUUGAAGAACUUGAAUCUCAUUCUGCCGAAAGUCAACGAGUUGAAGAAACGUAUUGGAGCUGAUUUCACGGCCGUUUACAGUCAAGGAAUGCCAGUCACAGUCGCGCCAACUCCCAUGCAAUUGGCCUCGGCUCUUGCCUAUCUUUCGUUCAUCGCCGGCGUGGAUACCCUCGUGACACCAAUGGUCGACACAAAUUGGGUGACGCCAACUAUGGGAUAUAUGCUUCACGUUGAUCAAAACACAGCCUACUAUUCGAAAUCGUACUAUCAAGGUGGAGCGUGGAACAUCAUCCAACCACAAUACCUCAGCAAUGCUAAAGCACAACUCACCAAUUAUGCAACAAGUCAAGGACUCACCCUCGAUCAAUCUCUUCUCAACUCAACGUUGUCUAAAGUGUUGGAAUUCGAGAGAACUCUCUCAACCAUGUACAGUACCGAUGACACGACUCGUCGCCAGUUCCAGCGCAGCUGGAACAAUGGAAAAACCGCCGAUUUGCAGGCCAACUACACUUUCCUCGAUUGGGGCGUUUACUUCACUGAUGUUCCAUCCGUUGGCCCGUUGGCUGCCGACAAGAUGGUGAACGUGAUUGAGACGGACAUGCUGAAGAAAUUGAGUCAAGACUUGGCCACAAUGACAACUCCCGAUGUGGUGGUGAGAAAGAGAAUU